AUGUGCCCGACACCCGAAUCCAGCUCCGAUGAGCGCAACAAGGGCAACGCCUACAAGGCUGGCGGUAACGUUGGCAGCUUCAAGAUCAUUGAGUCCACUCUCCGAGAGGAAGGAGAAGGAGAAGAAGAGGAGGGGAAGGCGGAGGAGGAGGAAGAGCAAUUCGAGAACGAGAAGUGUUCUCUACGACUAUCCGCCUACCUGCCUGCCUGCCUGCCUGCGAGGCGCUUGGAAUCAUUUUUCGACUUCCUCUUCUGCUUCAAGCAACUGCUGACUCUUUUCUUCAACAUAGAGGGUGAACAAUUUGCCAAUGCCUACUUUGAUACCGAAACCAAGAUCAAGAUUGCCAAGGCCCUUGAUGCCUUUGGUGUUGACUGCAUCGAACUGACCUCCCCGGCUGCUUCAGAGCAGUCGCGCAAGGACUGCGAGGCCAUCUGCAAACUUGGUCUCAAGGCCAAGAUUCUAACUCAUGUUCGCUGUGACAUGAGAGACGUCAAGCUGGCUAUUGAUACAGGUGUCGACGGACUUGACAUUGUCAUCGGCACUUCGCAGCACCUUCGCGAGCAUUCCCACGGAAAGGACAUGGCCUACAUCCAGAAGACUGCUGUCGAGGUUAUCAAAUACGUCAAGGAGAAGGGUCUCGAGGCUCGUUUCUCCAGCGAAGAUUCCUUCCGAUCUGACCUUGGCGAUAUCCUCACCCUCUAUGCCGCAGUCGACAAGGCUGGUGUCGACCGAGUUGGUGUGGCCGACACUGUCGGUUGCGCAAGCCCCCGUCAAGUAUACGACCUUGUUCGGACAUUGAGAAGUGUUGUCUCCUGCGACAUUGAAACCCAUUUCCACGACGAUACGGGUUGCGCCGUCGCCAACGCCUUCUGUGCCCUCGAGGCUGGCGCUACCCACAUUGAUACAAGUGUUCUCGGCAUUGGCGAGAGAAACGGCAUUAGCCCCCUCGGCGCUCUCAUGGCGCGCAUGGUGGUGACAAGCCCCGACUAUGUCAAGAGCAAAUACAAGCUGCACAUGAUCAAGGAGAUUGAAGAUCUGGUUGCCGAGGCCGUACAAAUCAACAUUCCAUUCAACAACCCCAUUACCGGUUUCUGCGCAUUUACUCACAAGGCUGGUAUCCACGCCAAGGCCAUCCUCAACAACCCUUCGACAUAUGAGAUCAUUAACCCGGCAGACUUUGGUCUCACCCGCUAUGUCCACUUCGCCUCGCGGUUGACCGGCUGGAAUGCCGUCAAGACUCGUGUCGGCCAGCUCGGUCUGAGCAUGACAGACGACCAAGUCAAGGAAUGUACCGCCAAGAUCAAGGCACUGGCUGACGUGCGCCCAAUUGCCAUUGAUGACGCCGACUCCAUCAUCCGCAGCUUCCACUUAUCUAUUGACCCAAGUGGUGGUGGUGCAAACGGCGAUGCAAACGGCGUGAAUGGCACAUCAAAUGGUACAUCAAAUGGCACGGAAGUUAGCGCAUAA